CGUCAGAGCUGGGAAUCAAACCCAGUUCCUCCAGAUUAGAUACACGAGCUCUUAACCUCCUACGCCACUGCUGUACCCGCUUGCUUCAAUUAUAUCCUGGCUUUCUCCCCCACCCGGGGCCUAAAGACGCUUUCAUCCACUUUGUCCUCACCGCAGCCGUGUGAGGAUCCAUGCCGUGCCAGACCGUGGUCCACCGGGAGCCCCCCGACGGGGGCUGGGGGUGGGUGGUGGUGCUGGCCGCCUUCAUCCAGUCAGCCCUGGUCUUUGGGGUGAUCCGCUCCUUCGGGGUCUUUUUCGUGGAGUUUGUGGAGUACUUCGAUGAGCUGUCCCGACGCAUCUCCUGGAUCACGUCCAUCGGAAUAGCCAUGCAACAAUUUAUCAGUCCUGUGAGCAGCGCCCUGAGCACGCGCUAUGGGGCACGCCCCGUCGUCAUGGCCGGCGGGUUCUUCUCGAGCCUGGGCCUCUUCCUGGCGUCCUUUGCCACCCGCCUGAUUCACCUGUACCUCUGCAUUGGCCUUCUCUCUGGUUUUGGCUGGGCCUUGGUCUUCACCCCCUCUAUGGCCUCCAUGGCGCGCUAUUUCAAGGCUCAUCGGACGCUGGCCACGGGUUUGGCCUUAACUGGCGUGGGCCUAUCUUCCUUUGCCUUCUCCCCGCUCUUCCAGCUCUUGGUGGACACGUACGCCUGGCGUGGGGCUCUCAUGAUCGUGGCGGGCAUGUCCUUCAACCUGGUGGUUUGCGGCGCCCUCAUCCGCCCGCUCACCCUGAAGGAGGACUUGGCCGGCCCGGCCAAAGGGGCAGAGAUGGGCCUGAAGAAGUUCUCCGCGCUCUUCGGCCUCCACCUCUUGUCCCACUGGCCUUUCAUGAGGUUCGUCCUGGCCAUCACCCUCAUCAACACGGGAUAUUUCAUCCCCUACGUCCACCUGGUGGCCCGGGCAAGAGAGCUGGGCUUUGACGAGUACCAGGCGGCUUUUCUGAUGUCCAUCGCUGCCGUGGCCGACCUGUUCGGCCGCCUCUUCUCCGGCUGGCUGGGCAACUCUCAGACGUUCCGCCUGAUCCACAUUUUGGUGACCUGGACGACUCUAACGGGCAUAUCCUUGGUCCUGAUACCGUGGGGCCACAGUUAUCCGCUCCUGGUGGCCAUUAGCCUCUGCUACGGUUUCUUCUCUGGGGCCCUCACCCCGGUGGUCUUCUCCAUCAUUCCCGAGAUCGUGGGCAUCAAAAACAUCUUCAGUUCGAUGGGCCUCCUACAGAUGAUCGAGAGCAUUGGGGGGCUGCUGGGAGCCCCUCUUUCAGGUUUUCUGCGGGACGUCACGGGUGACUACAUCGCCUCGUUCUUGACGGCUGGCUCCUUCAUACUGGCCGGGAGCCUGGUUUUGGUCACCCUGCCUGGUUUCUCUGCUUGCUCAGCUCGGCCCGCUCUGCAAGAUCCGGAGGCUGGGGGAGGAGCUCUCUUGGGGUCAACUCCGGUUCCCGUGGGGGCCCCGCAACCCCAAGACAGCCCCUCCUAUGAAACAGUACCCAAGGCAGAAAACGCAUUCCCCUCGAGUUGAUAUGAGGGUUAAACCAAGACCAUGGAGGACAGGUAGCAGACACCUCCCCCGGAGGGAACCUGCAGUGAAUUGCUUACGCAGUUGAGCCCAGCGAGGAGUUGGAUUUUAUUUUGGGGAAAAAAGUGGGGAGAAGGCUGACACACACACAAGCCGACAGCGGCUGAAAGAGAGCAACCGUCGGGUCUCUGCGGGAUCCACUUUUGAAGGCUCUGAACGUAGAGCUGGCUCUCCAGAUCUUUAUGGCUACAUCUUGGAUGCGUCCUGAAAGACCAACGUGGUUUCCCGCAAACCACGCCAGCUUGACUUGAAAACGUCGUCUCCUGAAAGGAGGCCGGAUGAACCUGCUUCGUCUUGGAAUAAAGGCCUUCCCGUCCCAUUGGUCCUGGGGGGCAACAGCCCCUUCUCCUCUGGACUUCUGCCGGAGCCUGUUCCUCUUAUUUCCUUGGGGGGCGAGAAAGGACCUUUUCAGCCGUCUGUCUGCUCAGCCCCAUCAAACGAAUGCCACUCCAAAGGCACCAAUCUUCCCUGGCAGAGAUGCGUGGAUUUCUCAGACCGAGGCCCACAUCUGGGUCUCCGCCUGCUUUUCAGGGCUGUGCAUCGGAGGGAACCAGAUGUGGCCCUCUGGAUGGCCCCUGCUGGUGCUUGGCCCUUGAGCGGUUCUUCAGUUUUUGAGAGGACCUCGACCCGCUGGUACAUCCUGUAGUUUGGGAGACUGACGCAUCAAGAAGUUGAGCAGCUUGAAGACUUGGCUGGAGCCGCAUAAGCUGUGAAUGGUCCUCCUCUCUGGGCCAGAAUCUGUGCCUUUUUAUCCUUCUGGUUGUGGUGUGUGUGUGUGUGUGUGUUUCAGAUCUUGCCCUUUUGGGUACGGUUGUUUUCCUCUGUAGAAGAACCGCGCGAGUCAGCAGGAGCUAAGCUGAAUGUGUGUCAAACCGGUUAUGCGAUUGUUCCAACUUGCCCCAGUUCACCAUUCAGUGUGGCAUGACGAAUCUCAAAUAAAAAUCAUUGGCCUGCGGGGGGGGGGGGGGGGGUGCGCCGGUUCAGACUCCCUGGAGUUGCAGAAGUCUGGCUCAGCACAUGUCCCGAUCUGCAGCAAAGAAAAUCGGCGUGCCAUUUUUGGCUUUCCAGUGUGCAAAAGCCUCUCGCAACUGGAGUCGUUUUGCUCUGUCAUUGGCGCUGGAGGAACCAGAUCAUGCAACCCACUCGCGGGCCGCUACACACACGCACACUUUCGGCCCCUACACACACGCACACUUUCGCCCCCCCCCCCUAAAGAGGAACAGCAGUCUGCAUUUCACCAGCCCCCCCUCCCCCUUCACACAUUGUGGGAUCAGUUUCCUAAUGUUUUAGGAAGAGCUUUCUGUGACAUCUGGCAGUUGCCAUUACUAGAGGGAGGAGCAGAUGAGGAAUUGAUUCUGAAAGAGUUUUUAGUUUUUUAAAAAAAAUUAAGAUAAAGUAAAUAUUCAAGCAGUGUCUUUUUAAGCCUCUUGGGUUCAUUAAAUGUGUCUGUUACUCCCUUUUCUAAUGUGGUAGACAUUUAAAAUUAUGAAAUAAAUUGAACAAAUGAUCAACAGUAAAAA